UAAUUCCCUUCUGCAGCACAUCAACUAACACCCUACUCCUUGACCUGCCAAUAUUUACUUCUCACUAUCUGUCAAUCCUAUAUAAUCACACUCUGCUCCCUUCUCUCUGCACUGAACCAUUCAAAAUCUCUCUUCUUCUUCUUCUUCUUCUUCUUAUUCUUACUUGUGUUCUUAAACCUAUACACUAAUCAUGGGGAAGGAGAAAUGCAAACAGCACGCAUCAGUUUUGAUGUGGGUUUUUGCUGCUGGCUUGAUUUCUCAGAGCUUCCUUGUUCCUGUAAUGGCUACCACAACCUAUGAAGAUCAGAAGAAUUACUACUCUCCAGACCCACAUGCAGGAAGUCCUCCAACAGGUUCACACGGCAGCCAUUCCCAUGUACCUACACCAUCACAUGGUACACCUUCACAUGGUUCUGGUGGAGGAAGCUAUGGUGGCUCACCACCCACCCACUCUACCCCAUCAAAUCCAUCCCCGUCAAAUGGAAAUUGUGGAACCCCACCAUCAACUCCAUCACAUCCUCCUUCAGGAGGUGGUGGUUACUAUCCUCCUUCUCCUCCAACCGGUGGUAGUACCCCAACACCUGUUACCCCAACUCCUGUUACCCCAACUCCAACCACUCCUUACGUUCCAACACCCACAACUCCAACCCCAACCACUCCCUACGUUCCCUCACCGCCAUUCAUUCCUGACCCUAACUCACCUUUCAGUUGCAAUUACUGGAGAACUCACCCUGCUAUAAUAUGGGGACUCCUGGGCUGGUGGGGAACAGUAGGCAGUGCAUUUGGAACGACUAGUGUGCCAGGGUUGGGAGCAAGUAUGAGCUUGCAGCAAGCACUUUCAAAUACCCGUACUGAUGGGUAUGGAACACUCUACAGAGAAGGGACUGCUUCCUUGCUCAACUCCAUGGUUAGCAACAAGUUUCCUUUCACAACAAGGCAAGUAAGGGAGAGUUUCAUUGCUGCACUAGGCUCCAACAAGGUUGCAGCUGCUCAAGGACACCUCUUUAAGCUGGCCAAUGAAGGCAGACUCAAGCCUAGAAACUGAGGAAGUGAUCAGCAUUGAUUUUUAAUAUCCUGUGGUGUGUGUGCUUGUCAGUUGGAGGUUUUACUAUUACAUGUUGGUAGCAUCUUAAUUAAGAGAUAUCUUUGAUGUUAUUAUUGUUAUUAUUAUUAUUAUUACAGUCAUGGGGAUAGACAGUCUUGAAACAUUUUGACGCUUUUAAGUUGAUGUCUUAUUUAUUAUAAAUAAGAUUUACCACUGCUUAAUUUA